UUUACCAGGUUUAUUUGCCUGCUAGCUUUCAGUGGAUUACAACCCGACACUCAGUUUGCACUGGAAGCCCAAGAAGGAACGGCUGUACAGUACAGGACUUCCCAACUGGCCUCUUCCCUGACAAGAGGGAAAGGCGGCCGCCUGAGCGCACGUGAGAACGAAGCCAAACUCGAGGACACGCCGCUGCGCGCGCCCAAAAAGCUUUCCAGGUAAGCUCUCCGGGACAGUUUCAGACGAGGAAGGAGGAGCAGGACCCGCUUGGGCUUCGGGAGGAGGCGAGAUGUGUGUGUGUGGGGGGGAAGGCGUCUUCCUGUCAGCUACGAAGCGAAGGAGCUACUCCGGACCUGAAGCAAAGUGGCUGCCGUGCCCGUGGAGGGGGGAAAGGGGAGCCCGCCCUUUUCGCAGGAGACGAGUCGCCCGAGCCCGCUCCGUUCCCUUGCCCUUCGCGGGAGCUCUGCCGCGGACACUUGUUUCAAGCAAACCGCUUGCAUCGCAGCCCUGAAUUCGGAGGCAGACGGGAAGAGAAACUUUGAACUCUUCCCACGUCACCUCUGGCGGCUUCCGAGCCGUUCUUGUAGGAUGGUUGACGAAGGGACGGAGGGCGAAGGGUCGCGUCGGAGUCUCUCCCGCGGCCUCUUUAUUCAUUACCCCUUUGCAAGUCUCGGCUAGGGAGAGCAGACCUAGUGUCUGGAGGAACAACAGUUGGAACACAUGAGAGACAGAGAGGAAGAAUGGCUAGCCUCAGUGGUUCAAGGAACUGUGUUUUAAUUCAGCUGAAAUCGCUGACCAGUUGGGGAAAGUGGAGUAAUCCUUACACAAUUUCUACUGAAGCCUUGAAUGGUCAUCGGUGUCACGUGACUAAGGACCAGUCAUGGAAUAAGAGCAGCAGCUUCAGAUACUAUUUUAUGACUGAAAGUUCCAUCAUCAAGAAAAACCUUUUUAACAAAAGCCAGGAGUAUCUUUUGAAUCCUAAGAAUGAAGGACUGUGCAAAAUUCCACACAGCUGUUGUAGAAGGCCUUAUUUUUACUCUCCGCAAAAGGCAAAGGAAGCAUUAUUUGGAAGACUUUCUUUACAGAAGUUACAGAACUUGGGUACAGGUCAGAGUGUCCAGGUUUUCAGGCCCAUUCAUGUCUCAUCAGCAUUGAAAGCUGUUCCUCCACUUCUCGUGUGGACGGUCUUGAAGCCAAUUCAGAAACUUUUUGCUAUCAUCCUUGGAAGGAGUAUAAGAAAAUGGUGGCGUGCUCUUCCUCCAAACAAGAAGGAAUUAUUUAAAGAAGCUGCGAGAAGAAAUAAAUGGAAAAUAGCCCUUGGACUGAGUGGCUUUGGAAUUAUAUUUAUCAUAUUUUAUUGUACUCAUUUGGAGGAGACACCCCUCACUGGACGUGUACGGCUUCUAGUGUUUAGGAAAGAACAAUAUGCUGAAUUAUCGCAGAUUGAGUAUAGCAUGUGGGUAGAAGAAUAUAAAAACGAAAUGCUUCCAGAAACCGACCCUCUUUACCAGGCAGUCAAAAAUACUGUUAUUCACCUGGCUGAAAGCAAUAAAGAUAUCCCAGAAGUCUCUGAGUUUCAAUGGAAUGUCCAUGUGGUGGAACAUCCAAACAUGAAUGUUUUCGUACUUCCCAAUGGACAGGUGUUUCUUUUUACUGGCAUUUUUAAUGCUGUGUCAGAUAUCAAUCAGCUGUCUUUCAUUUUGGGACACGAAAUGGCUCAUGCUGUCCUGGGACAUGCGGCCGAGAAGGGAAGCGUGGAACAUAUCUUGGAUUUCCUGUCACUCAUUCUUCUUACAAUGAUCUGGGCUGUCUGUCCCCGAGACAGCUUAGCAAUAAUAAGCCAAUGGAUCCAGGCUAGAUUCCAGGAGUUACUGUUCAAUAGACCAUAUAGCAGGACCUUAGAAGCUGAAGCAGAUAAAAUUGGACUUCUGUUUGCUGCUAAGGCUUGUAUGGAUGUGAGAGCAAGUUCUGUACUCUGGCAGCAAAUGGAACUAACUGAGACUAUUCUGGGGCACCCAAAGGUGCCAGAAUGGCUUUCUACACAUCCUUCACAUGAAAAUCGAGUUGAACAUUUGGAUAGACUUAUACCUAAGGCACUUGAAAUAAGGGAAAGUUGCAAUUGCCCUGCAUUGCCUGGUCAGGAUCCACGCCUUACAUUCAAACAGAGAAUGCAGCAUCUCCUGCAAACAUCUCAAAAAAAGAAAGUCUCAAAUGUUACUCCUCAGGGUCAGGGCAAAACAGAAGUGACUCUUCCGGUCAGUAAAAAGGAGAUGCCUAUAGACAUUGUGGCUGACAAAGGACUUUCAAGGUGAAAGCAGAACCUCUUAUUUAGUUCAUUGUACCCAAUUGUUUAUUAUACAAGGCUUUUCUGCUUUUAAAACGUCAUGGAUUUUGAAAAAGCGGCAUGGGCACAUGUUAAUGAAUCAUGUUGUGACUGCAGUGUCUGUGUAGAACUCCGCUCUUCCAUAAACAUACAGAAGAAAUGGUUGUUGUUGUUGUAAGUUUUUUGGGCUGCUUGGUUGUGUUCUUGAGCUUUUUCUUCCUAACGUUUCACUAGUCUCUGUGGAGAUGUUUUGCUAGCACCUUCAGGAGAAAGUUAGUUAUAUGCUACUUGAGGAGCUACAUGUUGGAAGCAGGUCAUUCUGUAAGUGAACAUUGGAAAUUCUUGGUUGCAUGGGAGUUUGGAUGACACCCAACACAGCACUGCAGUAAGAACAGAAGAAGAGCCCUGCUGGAUCAGGCCCAGGGGGCCCAUCCAGUCCAGCUCCCUGUAU